AUGUGGUCGUGGAACUAUUUAUUCUAUGAAAUAUUACCCCAGUGUACAUUAGCAAAUGUACGUGAAAGUAAUAAAGAAUUAGUUGAUUCAUUACUUAAGCGCGCAUCAAAUGAAAAUCCAUUACUCGUUAAAUUAAUGAAACGUAGUAUUACUUAUCAUCAUGGUGGCGUGAAUAACAAAGGAUGUGUAGCUGUUGAAGCUUUAUUUCGUAAUCGUUAUAUACAAAUUGUAUUCUCAACAUCAACUUUAGCAUUGGGUAUACAUAUGCCAACAAAAACAGUUGCUUUUGCAAUGGAUUCAAUUUAUUUAGAUGCUUUACAAUAUCGACAAUCGUCUGGAAGAGCUGGUAAUAUUGUAUUUCUUGAUAUACCAUUAUCGAAAAUUCGUCAUUUAACAAUAUCAUCUAUUCCAAAUAUACGUGCUCAUUUUCCGACAUCUGUAACAUUUUUAAUACGUUUACUUCAUCUAUAUACAAAAUCGAAUAAUAAAAAUGAUGCAUACAAUCAUGCAUUAAUUGCUUUAGAAUAUCAUCUUAUCUCAUCAACAUUGAAACAAAUUUUAGUUGAUAUACAAACACGUUAUCAUUGUUUACAUACAUUAGACUUUUUAUACCGUCUAGAUCUAAUUAAUUCAAAUGGUGAACUUAUUGGAUUAACUGGACUAGUAAUACAUUUACAUUAUUUUGAACCAUUCAAUAUUCUACUGAUUUAUUUAAGGGGGGGGGGGGGGGGGGGGGGGGGGGGGGGGGGGGGGGGGGGGGGGGGGGGGGGGGGGGGGGGGGGGGGGGGGGGGGGGGGGGGGGGGGGGGGGGGGGGGGGGGGGGGGGGGGGGG